GCCCAGGGGCCCUAUUCUUGAAUCGUUUUCAUGAAACUCGCAUGCGAAAUUCAAUGCUUUUCAAAUAGAAAGUCGCAUACGAAAAUCAUUAGGGCAGGCUCGAGAAUACGGUCCCAGGCGCUCGCUGCAGAUACUCGAAGGAGAGGGGAAAGGUCGGGAUAGAUCGAGGAUAGUCGAGGUCUUUUCUCGCUUAGUUGUUGAAGACUGCGGACGUAUAGUCGAGUGCGGUAUGUUGUAUAUUGUUUAUUCGAGAUCGUAAAUACGCUCAGGGAAAAGAUAGUUUCGCGAUACGCGAUUACUAUUAAAAGUCUUGACGCAGCGUACGAGUAAUUGAAUCCGAUAUUAACGUCGUAUUCCGAAGGAUCGAGAUUAUUUGUACCCCUAACAGCAAAUGUAUAUUCUGAGAAUGUUCAGAGGAUAUUGUAAAGGACCCAGGUAACGCCCGUGAACAGUUUGAUUCGUCAAUCGCUUACGCAUGAUCGUUCGUGAACCGAGUGUUAGUGCGCGACCUUGUCCGAGGACAUUGAUCAUUACUACGCAUAAAGCUGAGCAGCGGACAUUUUGUAUCUUGGUACGAGACAGGAAGGAAGGAAGUUAAGCAGCUUUCGACUUUCGAGUACAUCGUUGACUCUCAUACGUUCUACACUCACACGAUAAACUUAGUGGCGACCGUUAUUUCAACUCAAAACAGACAAUAUGACAACCCACAAUAAAUCUUCAUAUUGCGAGAGUUGUAGUCGAUAUCCCUAUAUCGGCAGAGUAUCCGUAAGAGAAAAGGAUAGUGUUGACUUCAUCUAUCAAUUUGUGAAGAAAAUAUUUGUUGCCGUGGAGCACAGGAGUUAUAGCAUAUUACGUACUGCCCCUGACAUAAUUGGGCCACCCAAAUUUCCAAAUUUGGACGGACAACUUCAUUUAAUAACCCCGACGUUAAAGGAUACUGGUGUUUCAAUAUCUCCGUGGCAAAACAAAGCUGUCACGAGACCCAUAUCAUUCGAUUAUAAUGUGACAGAAAGAUAUAUUGAUAUCGAGUUUCAUGAAGCUGUAUAUCCAGUCAGAGUCUGUAUUUACGAAAUAUUUAAUCCUGGAAGCGUAAUUCAAAUUUUGGCUCGAGAUUUCAAUAAACACUGGAUUCAGUUGUGGGAUGAAUCGUCUCAGAUUGUACCCCCGCAAUCAAGAUUAUUUUCUCCACCGUUGUCGCAUCCGUGCAACUUCCCAACCAAAAUGCUCAGACUAGUGUUUAAGGGCAGUUCAGAUAAAACUUGGACAAAACUGGAUGCUGUGAUGCUUAUCGGUACAUCAGAUUUGAUCCUUUCUAGAAAUCCUAACGAGAGUUUAAGUAAUCUGUUGAAAAGAAUUAACAGCAUCUACUCUUCACACCACGACGAUGUUCAUAAUUUAACAGCAGAUUCAAAAAGUGCACACUUGGAUAUAGUUCAUCUGCAACGAAAUUUUCCUGAAUAUUGUGUUAUUUAUAAAAGGGGAUGGAGUGUCGGCCGAACUUUUUCGAUGUCGACAAUAUUAACAUUUUUUAUUUCGUUAUGUGUAUUUGUUAGCUGUAUUGUUCUGUUUUGUUCUGUAUUUUGUUUUCCGUAUUUGUCUUUGUCUAACGAAAUAACAUCUGUCCUUGUUCGAUACCUGGGCCAUCUCCACUUACUAACCUGCGUGUAUAUUUUUGUGGAAAAUAUAUACGAUUUCUUUGAAGCCCAGAUUUUUUUUCCGGGCUUUCAAUCUCAAUUUCAAAGCGACAUAAGAAGGAUUUCGUAUAAGAAUAAUUUGAAGCACAAAAAGGUAUAUCAGGAGGUAAUCCCUGGUUAUGAGCAUCCUCUUGAUCAGAGAUAUCCGCGUCGUAUUUUAUUGAAAAGUAAUUCGACUUGUGCCAAGAGUAUGAAACUCUCAUCGGAUGAAUCCAAGGAGCUAUCACGUUGCAGUUUAUCUGCGCUUCCUAAUGAAAUACUACUAAAAAUAUUUAAAUACUUAGAUGUAGUAACAUUAUGCCGCAUGAAUGAAGUAAAUAAUAGGCGCUUUGAUAGUUUAUCACGGGAUCCUCUAUUCUAUACACGUUUGAAUAUGCGAUAUAUUAGCUCUGACAAAUAUAUGUGCGAUAUAUUUUGUUAUAUUACACCUAGAUGUAAAUAUUUGCAACAAUUAGAUCUUACAGGAUGCAACUUUGAUGUUAAUGAUUUCGUAAACUUUCUUGAUAAUUGCGGCAGGCGUUUAACGCAUUUAAGAUUAAGUAACUGCAACGAUGGAGAAUGUUUAAAUCCUGUCCUACUUAAAACUUUAGAGACAUGCAAAAAUUUGAAAGAAUUGGAUCUAAGUGAUUCUGGCAUAGACGACGAAGGAUUUUCGUAUCUCGAGGGGCUAAAUAAUUUGGAACACUUAAACCUUUCUCAUACUGGUAUAACAACCGAACGUCUUUGCAAAAUACUGCAAAAUAAUCAACGGAUUCGUCAGUUAUCGGCAGGCUUUGAAGACUUUAUAGAUGAUGCAGUUCUAAUAGAGUUGGAAAAUUCGUGUCAUGACUUGGAAGUCAUAGAUUCAUUACUGUGCGCACGUCGUCUUACAUCUGAGGGUAUUAAUGCUCUCGCUAACUGUAAGAAAUUACAAAUAGUGAAAGUUGAUCUAUGCGGACGCUAUACUGAUGAUUUGCGUGAAAUCAUUCAUCACAUGAAUAAUAGCUUAAUUGGAUUACUUCCCUUUUAUCAAAACUUGCAAGAAGUUUAUUUGUACUGCACUGUCCUCAAUGUUUACCGGUUGGAAUUACUAGCGCAGUGCAAAAACUUAAAAAAGUUAUGUUUUUAUAACGUAGAACUACAAUGUAUAUCUGAUAGAUGUAACGUUAUUUUUGAACAAUGUUCUAAACUGCAGACGAUUUAUUUCGAUUUUUCUGAUAUAAAUGAAUUGGUUAAUCGAUUGGUUAAUCGAUUGAUUAAUCGAUGGAAGGAAAGAUAUCCGCACGUGUCCGUCUAUACCCAGAUAAUAAAAUGCCCGCAAAGUGAGCUCACGACGCGUGCACGUCGUGCGGGUCAUUUGCACGGCGAGAACUCAUGGGACUAGACAGAUGCGUCCUCAAAUGAUGCUCAUAUGACUCGCACGCGUGAGUGCCGCAUGCAUGCGGAUCAUAUGAGCAUCAAUUGCUCUCACCUUGUACCCUACUUUUUAAUAUAUAUGUAAUAUGUACUAUUGCAGUUAUAAAAACGUUAAAUUAAAGAA